GCUCGUCGUUUCUUGGCCAUAUGUUGCUGACAAGAAAUUACUAUUGCCAUCCGGGUUGACUUCUUGUUGCAGUAGUACUUGCGCAUCGCGUGAGAUCUUCCGUGGCCUCUCCUCUUUAGUAUCGAGCUCGAUCACUCGGUUUCUCCGGAUACAAUCGCAAAGCGGCAAGACCGCCGGUGAGCGCUUGGCAUGAAACCUGGAGAAAUGGGAUGAUCAUGUCCAUAGCAAGCGGUGUGGGGCCCCGCAUUGCGAUCUCAAGGUUGUGUACCUGGCAAUUCGGGCGAACAGGUUCCGGGGUAGUCUUGGCCAUGGCUUGCAUACAAUAUAAAAUAUAGUAGCAAUCGGGCAACCUUUUUGUUUUUGCUGCUCCAACUCGUUUCCACAGUUUUAUCAUGGGUGCAUUCAAGAAGAUAUCAUGCCGGCUUUUGUUGGCUGCAGCUACCGUCUCCGCCAAAUGGAUCGUUCCUGGAGCACGAUGGAGGGACACUGAGGGCAAUUUGGUGAAUGCACACGCGGGUGGUGUGACGCUCGAUCAAGAUACGGGCAAGUUCUUCUGGUUUGGAGAGUACAAGGUCCAGGGUCAAGAAGAGGGUGGUGGUGUUUCUGUAUACAGCUCCGAUGACCUCGCGACUUGGGAGCAUCAUGGUAUGGCUUUGAAGCCAAUUGAGGGACAUCCUUAUAUCUCUACGGAACACAUCAUCCAGAGGCCGAAAGUGACGUACAGCAAGGAAACAGAGAAGUACCACAUGUUCUGGCACGCCGACAACUCCACCUACGGCUGGCUCCUCCAAGGCUUUGCGCAAGCAGACAAUAUCACUGGGCCAUACAGCUUCGUUGAUGCGACAGCUCCCCUUGGAAACUGGUCACAGGACUACGGCCUCUUCAACGAUCGCAAGGAUGGCAAGGCUUAUGCUCUGUACUCUAACGGUGAUCGCAAAGAGGGCCGAGACGUAUACCUGACUUCCUACAAUGACAACAUUACUGCUCUUGAUGAGGUCGUUCACCGAUGGGACAAAUAUGACCUCGAGGCACCGACCAUCAUCCAGACGGACAAGAGCUACUUCGCUUUGAUGAGCCACAAGACUGGCUACCGACCGAAUAACGUUGUUGUAUUUCGCGCCGAUUCGCUGAGUGGACCUUGGUCCCAGCCAGCCAUGGUUGCGCCUUUGAACACACGCACUUUCAACUCACAAUCUGGGUUCUCGCUCCGUAUCAACGGCACAAAGAAGGAAACCUUUCUCUACCUCGGCGAUCAAUGGGACUCCAUCUCCCUCUGGGAGAGCCGAUACAUCUGGCUGCCCGUCGAGAUUGACGAGGACAAGAAGUCGCUCGAGCUCAAGUGGCAUGACGUGUAUGACCUAGACGUCAAGACUGGUGAAGUCACCGGCAUCGACGGUACAGCUUACUACGGAAAGGACGCAACGACUUCUGGCAAUGCUUUCAAGCAAGAAGCAUCUUUCGCUAGCGAAGGGGUGAUCGUUACUGGCAUCUACGGCAACGACAGCAAGGUCACCUUCUCCGGCAUUGAAGGUUCAGGCAAACCUCAAUGGGUUUCCUUCUACUACCAGAACACAGACGACAUGGGCUUUGGCGACCAGCCCGGCGGUUCGCCCGACCGCAUCAACGGUACUUGGUCAUUGCGCCGUAUUGCAAGCGUUAUCGUCAACGGCAAGACAGACCAGGUUGAAAGUCUUUACCAGAGGGAUACACACAAGAGCAUAAUUCUGAGCACGCCAUUGCAGUUGACCUUUGAGAAGGGAAGUAAUAAUACAAUCUCGAUUGGUGGCCUGUACAACGGAAAGGAUUACAAGGGCGCGGAUAUCGACCGGAUUGUGGUUUACCCAACUGAAGAGUAAAUUAUGCUAU